GCUAAAUUACUAUGUGCGCUUUAAAAGUGGUACAAGUGUAUUUGUGCUUAUUUACUUGUACUUUCUCUACAAAAUAAACCAGUAAAAUCACCAGCACGUAUGCGUUCUCUUCUUAGUUAGCUCAAUAUAGCAAUUAACCGAUCGCAAUAGCAGAGGAACUCUCAUGGCUCCUGUGGUACCCAGAUCCGGAGACGCCAUUUUCGCCAACGUCGAACGAGUGAACGCAGAGCUUUUCACUCUAACGUAUGGAGCAAUCGUGCGCCAACUGCUGACUGAUCUGGAGGAGGUUGAUGAGGUCAAUAAACAGCUCGAUCAAAUGGGUUAUAAUAUAGGAAUCAGGCUCAUAGACGAGUUUCUGGCAAAGUCUAAUGUUUCAAGGUGUGUUGAUUUCAAGGAGACAGCUGAAGUCAUUGCCAAGGUCGGUCUCAAAAUGUUCCUAGGAGUGACUGCAACAGUGACAAAUUGGAAUGUUGAGGGAACAACAUGCAGUCUAAUUUUGGAGGAUAACCCCUUGGUAGACUUCGUUGAGCUCCCUGAUACCUGUCAAGGCCUAUAUUAUUGUAACAUCUUAAGUGGAGUAGUCAGGGGAGCAUUAGAAAUGGUGUCAAUGAAAACAGAGGUCACGUGGCUUCGUGAUAUGCUCAGAGGGGAUGACGCAUUUGAGUUGCAACUGAAGCUUCUGAGGCAAGUUCCUGAGGAGUACCCUUACAAAGAUGACGAGUAACAUACCUCCUUUUUUAUGCUUGCCAUUUGGAGUUAUACGACAAUCUAUAGCAAAUGCACACACAGAUCUCUGUCUAUUAUUGAGUAUGUUUAAGUUCUGAUAUUGACAAUUUUCUACUGAUGAUCUAUGCUCUGUAAUUUUGAGAUCUGUCCUAUCAUUCAUGGAUUUAAUAGGCAUUGUCCUGCUUCUAAA